GCGAGUUCCGGCGCGGCCUCCGGGAGGGGCGGGCGGGACAGACCUAGCCGCCCGGCUCCCCUGCCAUCUGCGUCUGUGCCGUCCCUGGGGCCUGGUCAAUGUCCCGGCGGCGGCGGCAUGCGGCUCCUGUUCCUGGCGGUGCUGCGGCCGCACACGGGGAACGCGGUCACGGCCCAGCGCGUCCGGGCCCAUCUAGAGGCUGCAGGGCAUGUGUGCGUUCUGAAAGAUGCCUUUGACUUUGAAAGCCCAUCUGAGAUUGCAAACCUCAUCUUGGCUGAGAACUGCGAGGCUGCCCUGGCCCUUCAUCUCUAUAGGGGAGGCCGCCUUUUGCAAGGCCACCGAAUCCCUUUUGGAAUCAUCUUUGGUGGAACUGAUGUAAAUGAAGAUGCCAACCAGAAAGAAAAAAACACAGUGAUGAGAAGAGUUCUCGAGGAAGCCAGAUUUGCUGUGGCUUUCACAGAGUCAAUGAAGGAAAUGGCACAAGCACAGUGGCCGCAUGCUAAGGGUAAGAUCUACGUCCAGAGUCAAGGAAUUGCAACAACACCAAAUGCCGCCUUUAACUGGAAUACCUUUCUUCAACGUUCAGAGAUUAACCAAAGUGCUGACAAUUUGCACGUAUUUCUUCUGAUAUGCGGACUUCGACAAGUGAAGGACCCGCUGUACCUGGUGGGCGCAUUUUCAGAAUGGCACCAGGAGGAGCCCAGUGUGUACCUGGUGAUUGUGGGGCCCGAAGUCGAUCCAGUGUUUACAAGGGAAGUGAAAGCCAAAGUGAAAAGGGCCUCUGGGGUACGGCUGAUCGGCGAGAUGCCUCAAGGAGAUCUGCACGCCGUGGUGAAGAACUGCUUCGCGGUGGUGAACAGCUCUGUCUCUGAAGGCAUGUCGGCUGCAAUUUUGGAGGCGAUGGAUUUAGAAGUUCCGGUGUUGGCCAGAAACAUCCCCGGGAAUGCUGCCGUGGUGAAGCAUGAAGUCACAGGGCUACUGUUUUCCACUCCUCAGGAGUUUGUUCAUCUGGCAAAGAGACUGGUUAGUGAUCCUGCUUUAGAAAAGGAAAUUGUAACGAACGGAAAGGCGUACGUGAGAAUGUAUCAUUCAUGGCAGGUGGAAAGAGACACCUACCAGCAGCUCAUCAGGAAGCUGGAAGGCAGCAGUGAGGACUGAGGACCCGCCUCAUCAGGCACCUGCUCUCUGACACAUGGCUCUGGGUGGACGCUCAGAGUCUGGGUCACGUGGGUCCAGUCCAGUUCAAAUCUAACCAACCUUAGCAGAAUCCUAGAAAAUGUGGGUCGUGAGUCCGCAGAGACCCUGCGUUUAUCCCGUAUCUUUCUGUGGUUCAGAUGCUGACCCAGGCGAGUUCACCCGCCUGUCCUGAGGGAAGUGCGACUGGGACAGGGAAAGGGAAACUGGUUUCCAGGGAAUUUGGGAGAGAAUUUGAUUACCUGCCGUAGGGCUUUGGUGUGGACAAGAGAGGCUUAUUUUCAGGCAGUCACGGUUCAGGCCCCUCCCCAGCCUCCUGACCGACCUCUCCCCGUCAUUGCCCAUUUCAAAGGCAAAAGCAAAAAGCAGACGUGUCAGCCAGACUGAGUCUUAGCAGCGUUUCUGUUGUGAUCUCAACUCUGACAGGCAUGCAGGUGGCUCCAGUCUUCUCCGAAUACUAGAAGGCACUGUGAGGGAGUUCGCAGCCAGCACAUGUCACUUUUCAAGGGUGGAAUUGCAAGUUGUGCCUUUUAGAAAAGCAGCCAGGCUGCUCGUAGGCCCCACUCACCUCUUGGCAGAAUUUGAGUGGAAAACCAAGUAGGAGCAAACGCCAUGUCCCCUGUAGCCUGCAAAAUGCUCCAGUGAGCCUGAGAUGGAGGCCUGGGGCUUCUGGUUCCGGGGUGGGCCCUUCCCCUUCCCACAUCAGGGACCUGGGGAUGGCUGUCGGAGGGUCACCGGCCUCCAGCCCUUGGCAGGAUGGAACUCAGGUCUGCAGGGCUUUGCAGCCAUCCAGCGAGGUCCUCCCGGGGCCAGCCCCGCCAUCGUGGUAACAGAGACCUCUCCCCGUCCCUGUCAUCUGCGUGACAUCAGGACACGCAGUCUUCCCUGUCCUCUGCGAGUGGAAUUUGCCUGGGAUAAACCGCCACUGAAUACUGAAAUUGUGGCAUGCCCGUGGGUUCCUUACAGUCAUUGGGGAAGGCGGCAUUUCCCGACACUUGUGGGUAGAAAGCAGCCUACUUUGAGGAGGUGAGAAGACAGAGCCGGGCAGAGCCUCGCCGUGGGAAGCGUUGGGUGUAAGAGUGGUUUAGAGCCCGAGGGGGGCCAAGGGAAGAGCCCACCAGUGCUGUGCGUGCUUCACGGUUUAGGAUAUCUGAACUUUCUGCUUACAUAGUUUCAACCAUCAUUUUUUUUUUUAAAUGGCACAACCUACAUCUUGUUUUUAAAAGGAGUAGCCUCAAAUUAAACUUCUUAAACUCGGAUGCCCUGGGGAUGAGAACAAGUUUGGAUCUCGUGCGGUGGAAUUUCAUGUUUCAUUCUGCCGCCUCCAUCACAGAACAGUAUCACUUUCCAGAAAGGAACCAGCAGGCUCCCAGUGAUGGGACGACGGCUCAACAAUGCCUCCCAUCGCCCCCCCACCAACCUUUUUUUCCUCCGAGUGGCCCAAGGGUUACGGUGUUCAUGUCUACCUGUGGGGACAGAGGAGGGAGAGGCAGAGCCUGGGUCCGGACAGGACAGCCUGGUCUGAAUCUGGAAUAAUUGAUGCCACCCACAGAAAAGGCCCUUCGAGGUCCAGUGUUGUCUUAGAGCUAAUGAUGCUGCUGUUUACAAAGUGCUGAUUGUCCAGAAGCUCGAGUCUGUUCCUCCUUGAGUGACCCGGUAGCUGCCUGAACUCCACGGUACCUCCGCACCACCACGUCUUUGUAGGAGAAUGUGCACGUGCCUAGGGAGAAGGGCACGUUUUAAAAUUAAUAAAAAGUGUCACCAUCAGCCAUGUGAAAACAGCCUCCGUUUCUUCCCACGGUGAGCUGUGCUCGGCAAGGAGCAGAACCCUC